CUUCAGACUCCAUGUUGAGUGAACGGAGCAGAAGGAGGUAAAGUGAAGGCUGAGGCAGGACUGACUUCAGAUCAGAAGAUGAGUGUUCGUGUGGAGGAAGAGGAGGACAGAGCAGAGUCUCUAGUCUCCGGCUGUCUGUCUAUGAAGAGUGAUCGGUCCAAAGAGUUUCCUCUGAACUUCAGUAAUGAACCUGGACCCUCAGACACAAAAAAGAAGAAGAGGAGUCAUGUUUCUGAGGAGGAGCUGCUGUCCAGAUCCAGAACAAGAGCUGGACUGCAGACAGCCAGUCAGACCAGCUCUGUACAAACAGAUAGAGGUCUGCAGGAGGUUCUAGAUGAACAUAAGACCAGUCUGAGGAGGAGAUGUGAACGUGUGACUGAAGGAAGUGAUGGAACAGGAAGUGGAACCCUCCUCAACAGGAUCUACACUGAGCUCUACAUCACAGAGGGACAGAGUGAAGAGGUUAAUACCCAACAUGAGGUGAGGCAGCUUGAGUCAGCUUCCAAGAUGAAGACCCUCCAUGACACUCCAAUCAAGUACCACGACAUCUUUAAAGCCUCACCAGACCAACAGACCAUCAGAGUCGUUCUGACCAACGGCGUCGCCGGCGUUGGAAAAACCUUCUCAGUGCAGAAGUUCACUCUGGACUGGGCAGAGGGUUUGGAAAACCAAGAUGUCAGUCUGGUGAUUCUGCUUUCGUUCAGGGAGCUGAACUUGAUCAAAGAUGAGCAGUACAGUCUUCUGAAGCUGCUCCAUGUUUUCCAUCCAACAUUACAGAAGGUCACAGCAGAGAAGCUCUCUGUCUGUAAACUUCUGUUCAUCUUUGAUGGUCUGGAUGAAAGCAGACUUUCAUUGGAUUUCAAGAAGAAGAAGGUCGUGUCUGAUGUCACACAGAAGACAUCAGUCAACGUGCUGCUGACAAACCUCAUCGAGGGGAAUCUGCUUCCCUCGGCUCUCGUCUGGAUAACUUCCAGACCUGCAGCAGCCAAUCAGAUCCCUCCUACACGUGUUGACAGGGUAACAGAAGUACGAGGCUUCACGGACCCCCAGAAGGAGGAGUACUUCAGGAGGAGAUUCAGUGAUGAAGAGCUGUCCAGCAGAAUCAUCUCACACAUCAAGACAUCCAGGAGCCUCCACAUCAUGUGUCUAAUCCCAGUCUUCUGCUGGAUCACUGCUACAGUUCUGGACCACAUGUGGACUACAGACCAGAGAGGAGAGCUGCCCAAGACCCUGACUGACAUGUACUCACACUUCCUGCUGGUCCAGACAAAGAGGAAGAAGCAGAAGUACCAUGAGGGACACAAGACGAGUCCACAGGAGCUGACGGAGGCUGACAGGGAAGUUCUUCUGAAGCUGGGGAGGCUGGCGUUUGAACAUCUGGAGAAAGGAAACAUCAUGUUCUACCAAGAAGACCUGGAGCAGUGUGGUCUUGAUGUCACAGAGGCCUCGGUGUACUCAGGAGUUUGUACAGAGAUCUUCAAAAGAGAGAGUGUGAUCUUCCAGAAAACAGUCUACUGCUUUGUUCAUCUGAGUGUUCAAGAGUUUCUGGCUGCCGUCUACAUGUUCCACUGUUUCACAAAGAAGAACACAGAGGUACUGAGACUUCAUGGGGGAAGACUGGAAGACUUCAAUCGUUCAUCUCUGAGUGCCUUCCUGAAGAGAGCCAUGGAGAAAUCCCUUCAAAGUAAAAAUGGCCACCUGGACCUGUUUGUCCGCUUCCUUCAUGGCCUCUCUCUGGAGUCCAACCAGAGACUCUUAGGAGGCCUGCUGGGUCAGACAGACAACAGUCCAGAAAUCAUCCAGAGAGCCAUCAACAACCUGAAGGAGAUGAACAGUGAUGAAAUCUCUCCUGACAGAAGCAUCAACAUCUUCCACUGUCUGAUGGAGAUGAACGACCUCUCAGUACAUCAGGAGAUCCAAGAGUUCCUGAAGUCAGAGAACAGAUCAGAGAAGGAACUCUCAGAGAUCCACUGCUCAGCUCUGGCCUACAUGCUGCAGAUGUCAGAGGAGGUUCUGGAUGAGUUGGACCUGAAGAAGUACAACACAUCAAAGGAGGGACGAUGGAGACUGAUUCCAGCUGUGAGGAACUGCAGAAAGGCUCAGUAAGUCCAGAUGUGAUUAACUUUAUGAAUCCGUGUAGAUCAGGAGUUUAGUUCUUCAAAAAUAGACAAUAUAAAAUUCUUAUUAUUCUUAAAACAGUUUUCCAGUUUUAUUUAGUCACAGAUGUUCUUGUUUCAAAUGCUGCCAGUGAAAACAU